GCGCGCGCAGAGUAAGUAGCGAUUGGGGAGAAGAAGGCGCCAGGAAUUACUCACAGUAGAGAGAGAGAGCAUUAAGCGACGGAAUGGGGGUUCAAAGUUGAGAAGAAGAAGACGAGAAAACUCUUCAUGGCAGCGCAAGUUGGCCGGAGGUACCGAGCAGGGCUUCUUCUAACUCUUUGCUUCCUAUCUUGCGCCUCCGGCUCCGGCGACGACGUCGUCACCCCCGCCGCCGUGAGGAGGCGGCAGCUGGAAACAAGAAGGCACCUUUACAAACUGAAUAAGCCUGCCGUGAUGUCCAUCAAGAGCCCAGAUGGAGAUAUCAUAGAUUGUGUUCAUGUCUCUCUCCAGCCAGCCUUUGAUCAUCCUCUCUUCAGAAACCACACUAUUCAGACAAGGCCUUCCUUCCAUCCAGAAAACCACUAUGAGGAGAGCAAAUUGGAAUCAAAGCUCGGGAGAAACUCAAGCCAUGGGAGGAAAGCCAGCAAGCAAAUUUCUCAGCUAUGGCAUAAAAAUGGCAGAUGCCCAGAGAACACAGUUCCCAUAAGAAGAACUAAGGAAGAAGAUGUUCUCAGAGCCAGUUCUGUGAUGAGCUAUGGGAGGAAGAAGAAGAGGACCAUACCCUUUCCCUUAUCCUCUGAUCCUGAUCUCGUCAAUGAGAACGGCCAUGAGCAUGCCAUUAGUUAUGUAGAGGGGGAUGAGUACUAUGGAGCAAAGGCCACCAUGAAUGUUUGGAAUCCACAGAUUCAGCAAUCCAAUGAGUUCAGCCUCUCUCAACUCUGGAUUUUGGGUGGCUCUUUUGGAGAGGAUCUCAACAGCAUUGAAGCAGGCUGGCAGGUCAGUCCUGAUCUUUAUGGCGAUAGUAACACAAGGCUGUUCACUUACUGGACUAGUGAUGCUUAUCAAGCUACGGGCUGCUAUAAUCUGCUGUGUUCUGGAUUCAUUCAGAUAAAUAAAGAAAUUGCAAUGGGGGCCAGUAUUUCUCCCAUCUCUGAUUAUGGUGGCUCCCAAUAUGACAUCAGUAUUCUUGUUUGGAAGGACCCAAAGGAGGGAAAUUGGUGGAUGCAAUUUGGAGAAAAGCAUGUUAUAGGCUACUGGCCCUCCUUCCUCUUCUCCUACUUAGCCGACAGCGCCUCCAUGAUCGAAUGGGGAGGAGAAGUAGUCAACACAGUCGCCGAUGGAGCUCACACUUCUACUCAAAUGGGCAGCGGUCAUUUUCCAGAUGAAGGAUUUGGCAAAGCGAGCUAUUUCAGAAAUAUUCAGAUUGUUGAUAGCUCCAAUAAUCUCAAAUCUCCUGAAGGAAUCGGAACUUAUACUGAAGAAUCGAGCUGCUAUGAUGUCGAUAACGAUCAGAAUGGAGAUUGGGGCUUUUAUUUCUACUAUGGAGGUCCCGGGAAGAACCCUAAUUGUCCAUAGAUAAGUUGAUUAUAGCAUGUUUUUUAUCUCUGUUGAUUUACUGUAAACAGCUCGCUUAGGGUUUUUGAUUGUUUCUCUCUUAUAAGGUGGAGAGAGGAUGGGUUGAUCUGUUGUUUCUGUUGGUGGUUUGAUUAAUCUAUGAAUUUUAUUCUUU